AUGUCGGUAUGGGAAAUAGAGCAAUUAGUGCCUGAAAUGGCGGUUCCCUUUGAAGAAGCGAUUGCGAAGGCCCCAUUGGACCUAAGUCUAUGGAUUAAGUACUUUCAGGCAAUGGCCUCAUCGAGCAUGGAAAUUAAGAUUUUCAUAUUGAAUAGGGCAGUCACUCAGUUUCCAAGGUGCUAUAAGUUCUGGAUUGUGUAUAUAGAUCUUCUAAUCGAAGAGAAUAUCGCUCCUAGUUGUGUAAUUGAUGUUUUCAAGCAGUCGUUGCAGCUACUCGACAGUGCUCCCAUAUUAUGGGUCAAGUAUUUGACUUACUUAGUUCAUCAUCAAAAGCAUCAGAUUACCCAUAUACGACGUACUUUCAACGAUGCGUUGUACCACUUACCAAUAACGCAACACCACAUGAUAUGGCCGUUAUACAUUAGUCUUGCUGACGAAAUAGGCGGGAAAUUUGGGGCCAUCACCUACAUGAAGUAUUAUCAGUAUUCAACCGAGUUUGAACUAAAAGGAGGUGGAAGUAUCACUAUUGAUAUGAUAAUCCAAAAGUUAUUUGAAUUUGGAGAUAUUGAGAAUGGUUCUAAUCUUAUACAAAGCGUGACUUCCAAUAUAAACGAGUACUUGACCUUGCCAAAAUCACCAGUUGAACUAUGGGAGGAGUUUAUAGAUUUAUUGAUCGAUUCGAAAAAGAAAACGGUGAACCAAGACUUUGAUAACUUUGUCGAAAAGUUAGUUCAACAAGGUAUUCAAAAAUAUCCAGACCAAAUUGGAAAGCUAUAUUCAAAAUUGAUAUUUUAUUAUAUUAAUCGCAAAAAUUUUGAUCAAGUCAGAUUUCAUAGCUAUAAAGGCUUACAGGAAUGUAAAACAUUAAAAGAUUUUACAUUGCUUUUUGACAUUUAUACAGAGUUCGAGCAGUCGCUUGUUAUUAAGCUAGAAGAGCAACUUGAUUCGAACCCAAGCGAUACUCUCAGCAAGAAAUUUGAAUACAGAAUUGCAUUACUCGAGAAAUUUAUCGAUGAUCGUGAACUAAUGAUUAAUGACAUGAAAUUAAGACAAGAUCCAAAUAACUUAGACGAAUGGCUUAUAAGAGUCGAUCUUUUCAAUGAUACUAAACAAAAAUUAAGUGCUUAUGUUAAAGCAUUGACUACAGUCAAUCCUUUGAAAGCUAUCUCUUUGUCUAAUAGUGCUACAUUUGCAGAUUUGUGGAUCAAAUAUGCAAACGUAUACACAAGUAGUAAUGAUUUCAAAACCGGAGCAUUGAUUUUCAGUAAAGCAGUCAAGUCUCAAUUCAAAACACCAGACGAAUUGGCUCAAAUAUAUAUAUCAUGGAGCGAGAUUCUCCUUGAGGAUGGAAAAGAAAGUGAAUCAGUCACUACAGUUGAAGACAUUCUUUUUUCUAAUGAUUCGGAUAUAAACUAUAUGGAUACUUCCUUAACUGUACAAUUGAGAAUCCACAAAUCGGUUAAAUUAUGGCUGUUUUAUUUGGACUUACUAGAAUCUUUAAUCGAUGAAGAUCAAGAUAACUCGAAAACUAUUGAUAAGAUAAUGAAGGCAUAUGAACAAAUGAUUAUGCUAAAGAUUGUCACCCCUAGAAUAUUACUAAAUUAUGCAUUAUUUUUGCAAGAGCAAAAGUAUUGGGAAAAAUCGUUCAGUGUUUAUGAACUUAGUCUUAGACUUUUCUCCGAUGAUAAAGUCAGGUUUGAAAUCUGGAAUACUUACUUGACUCGUAUUAUUUCAUAUAGAAACAAUACUAAGUCUAUCCCAGUUGAAAGAAUAAGGGAUUUGUUCGAUCAAUGCUUUUCCCAGGGUUUACCUGCAAAUUUGAAUAAACCCAUUUGCAUACUUUAUUCCCAAUUUGAGGAAGAUCAAGGCUCAAUAAUGAAGUCUAUUAAGGUUAUUGAGGAUUGGCUACUGUCCAUGACUGAAUUUAAUCAAGGCUCAAUAAAAGGUGAUCAAAAUUUUAAUAUUUCAAUAAAAUUGGAAAUGUAUCAACUUUUGAUUUCUAAAUUGGCACUUAUACAAGAUGAUACUCGAUCAAGAGAUUUAUAUACCAAAAUGCUUAACGAUAAGCAAUUCAAAUUGGCCCAAUUGAUAACAGUGACUUUAGACUUUGUCAAGUUUGAAAUUUCGAGAAAUCAGUUUAAUAGAGUAAGGUCGCUAUUUAAAUUCAUCACCAAGCUAGGAAACCCAGAAAUGGAAUCAAUAAAGAAUGUCUGGAAUCAAUGGGAGAAAUUUGAAUUAGAAUACGGAAACGAACUGACGUUUAAAGAAAUGUUGAGGUAUAAGAGAGUCAUUGUGAAAGAUUUUGAGAAUGACGUCGUCAUCAAGGAAUCGAUUAACCCAAUGGGAUUUGUCAAGUCUAAGAAUGCAAUAACUCCUACAGAGAAUGCAGAAAAUCCCGAUGCGAUUGAUUUAGAUAUGGAUAUGUAG